CGGAGAGGCUCCAGGCAUUCCUCUGGUCUGUACACUUGAACCAGGCCACCUGGGCACCAGCAGAUGUGAAUCCAUAUCCUUCCUGACUUUUGCUGAACCUUUAAGCAUGGAUGCCAAAGCGUGAACAGCUUCCACAGCCUUUUGUCCAGGGCCCAACGUAAGGAUUUCUCAGCCGUCCCGGCCGAAAUGUGAGGCGGAUCUCCCUUGCCUUUCUGCAUCUCCUUAUGCAUAGCUCGUGCGUCAAGAAUAACUUCAGUCUCUGCAAAAUUUCACUGCUUACGACAGUAUGAGUGCCAAGAUGCCUAAACAAGUGGAGGUGAGGAUGCACGAGAGCCACAUGGAGCCUGUAGACACUCCCACGAAGCCCAAGAGUGGAGGCAUAUGCAGCAAGUUAUGCAAGAACAUGCUGCUCACGUUGACAGUACUUGGUGUGAUUCUUGGAUCUGUAGCUGGGAUGCUUUUACGUUACAUCUCACCCCUCCCCCCUGAUGUCAUCAUGGUCAUCGCCUUCCCUGGAGACAUCCUCAUGAGGAUGCUGAAGAUGCUCAUUCUACCUCUCAUCAUCUCCAGUUUAAUCACAGGACUGGCUGGAUUAGAUGCAAAGUCUAGUGGGCGUCUGGGUACCAGGGCUAUGGUCUACUACAUGUCGACCACCAUCAUUGCCGCCGUGCUGGGCGUCAUCCUGGUGCUUCUUAUUCAUCCUGGGAACCCAAAGCUGAGGGCCCGUCUUGGGGAGGGCAACAAGAAUGAAGAGGUGUCCAGUUUGGAUGCCUUCUUUGACCUCAUCAGGAACCUCUUCCCUGAGAACCUGGUGCAGGCAUGCUUCCAACAGAUCCAAACCGUUACUAAGAAGGUAGAGCAGGUUAACGAUUAUCCAGAAGACGUGAACAGCACCAUGGGCGAUUUUCUGCUGAACACCACCAUGGCACCACCAGAGCCUGUUUAUAUCAUAAAGAAAUCCCUUCAGUUCAAAAGUGGAAUGAAUGUAUUAGGCCUCAUUGGCUUCUUCAUUGCCUUUGGUAUCUGCAUGGGAAAGAUGGGUGAAAAGGCAAGGCUGAUGAUAGACUUCUUCAACAUCCUCAACGAGAUUGUAAUGAGGCUGGUCAUCAUGAUCAUGUGGUACUCCCCCUUAGGUAUUGCCUGCUUGAUCUGUGGGAAGAUCAUCUCCAUCAAAGAUUUGGAGGUAGUGGCAAGACAGCUGGGGAUGUAUAUGGUUACGGUCAUUGUCGGCCUCAUAAUCCAUGGCGCCAUCUUCUUGCCACUCAUCUACUUUGCCAUCGUCAGAAAAAAUCCCUUCUCCUUCUUCAUGGGGAUCUUUCAGGCAUGGAUCACUGCUUUGGGAACUGCUUCCAGUGCUGGCACCCUGCCAGUGACCUUCCGAUGCCUUGAGGAGAAUCUUGGCAUUGAUAAGAGGGUGACCCGUUUCGUACUUCCUGUUGGCGCCACCAUCAACAUGGAUGGCACGGCACUAUACGAAGCGGUGGCAGCCAUCUUCAUCGCUCAGAUGAACGGCAUCGCUCUGGACGCUGGUCAGAUUGUCACAGUCAGUCUAACAGCCACCCUGGCCAGUAUAGGGGCAGCAAGUAUUCCCAGUGCUGGACUGGUCACCAUGCUUCUCAUUCUGACCGCUGUGGGCUUACCUACUCAGGACAUUAGCCUACUGGUGGCGGUCGACUGGCUUCUGGACCGAUUCCGAACAUCUGUCAACGUGGUGGGUGACUCCUACGGGGCAGGCAUCGUGUACCACCUGUCCAAGGCAGAGCUGGAGAAUCUGGACGCCCUGCACGGGCGCUCAGACGACAUCGAGAUGACCAAGACGCAGUCCUACUACGAUGACCUCAAGAACCACCGAGAAAACAGCUCCAACCAGUGUAUUUAUGCUGGUCACAACUCUGUCCGGGUAGAUGAAUGCAAGGUACCCUUGGCCACAAAUGGCUCCAGUGCGGAAUACACUGUCGUUGGGGAAGAACCAUGGAAACGAGAAUAACACAACACACAGAGAGCAACUGCACCUUACCCUGAUCUCCACAACUUUCUGCAAGCUGGUGAAAAACAAUCAAUAAAUGAGCCAUUAACCCUAAACUCAAUGCAAAUAGAUAUAGCAAGAGGCGGUAACUGUUAUUAUUUAACAACUGAUCAACUCUUAGUUACUUAGUAAACUAACGCUGAUUUACUAAAAUUAAUAACAAACUAACCCCGAGCCAAAUAGAAGCCCAGCGUGAUUCAUUAUGUUCCUUGGAAUAAAAAAUAAAGCUCUGGGGAACAGAGGGAGAAAACAGC